AUGUCUGGCCCGGGACUAACCUCGAACCAGUCUUCCGCGCAGGGCGAUCUCUCGCGCUUUUCCGAUUCGGAGACAGAGCAGGACAGAUCUCCUCCUACUACAACAACAACAACAAAGUCGACUUCGGACAUCCUCUCGGGCGUAUAUCGCGGCUUCAAAAAGUUCGCUCCGAGUAGAGACGGCGAAUCGAGGCUGACAAGACAGCCGUCACUUUCUCGCCUGGGUCUGCACAGCGUCUCGCCGAGCUUGGCCUCGUCGCCCUCUCCGCCCGCCUCUUCGACGCCCACACCCGUUUCAAACUCUUCGAAGAAUCGCCCGCUUCAGCUUCAGCAUGGGAGAAGUCUGAGUCUACAGAGCAGCCUCGCCAAACCUCUACCCGAAACGCCAGCAUCGAUUCCUUCUCCCACAGGGCCCGAAGCCCCUCCCACACAAUACAAUUUGGGGGGUCUCGGUGCUAUAGAGGAAGCUCCGGCCGAUGAUAUGUAUAGUCGCACCAGUACGAUGGACUCUAGCGCUUCAGCGGAACGAUCCCAGGUGUACAGCGGCGGAUCAGGAUACAAUGCAGACAUGGCCAGCAGUCAGAGCAGCUUAGCAAGCUCUUCGAGGCAAGAUGGCGCUGAAGAUAAUAGGGAACCCCCGAACCUGACUCCGCGGAGCAACGGCCCCUUGUCAGCAGGCCCUUCUCCAUCUUCCAACCAGUCUUCCAACCAACAAAGGAUGGCCGCCUCAGCGAUCGGUACCCCUACUACGUCCUCAUCAUCGGCGCAUCUCUCUGGUCUCAUGUGCAACGUACACAGGACAACGGGCAGGGAACCGCAUCCGCUCGUCGGAGCCACAACAACUAUACUCGGGGAUAAGCUUUAUGUCUUUGGGGGAAGGAUCCUGUCGCGGAGUCGCCCGGCUCCCCUGACAUCCGACUUGUACGAGUUGGAUCUGAUCCGUAGACAUUGGUCGAAGCUUGAAACCACAGGCGACAUACCACCACCUCGAUAUUUCCACUCCAUGUGUCCAUUGGGAGACACUAAGCUGGUGUGUUAUGGAGGCAUGUCCCCCACACCAAACCAAGCGGCUACAGGCCCGGAUCAACAGCCUGAGGUGACCGUCAUGUCGGACAUCUACGUCUACGAUGUUCCCACCCGAAAGUGGACCUAUAUUCCGACACAAGAUCCCCCGCAAGGACGUUACGCACAUUGUGCCUGCAUCUUGCCCUCGUCGGCAGCGUUCGCGUCACACAAGGCACCACUGUCGGCAUUGCAACACAAUCCGUCGUCCGGCAAUCCCAACGAGGGGAGAAUAGGAAUCAACAUUGAUGGAACAGGCGGUGCUGAGAUGGUCGUGGUUGGUGGUCAGGAUGGCGCAAACCACUACAUUGAGCAAAUUAGUGUUUUCAACCUCCGCAGCCUCAAGUGGACCGCCAUUGAACCUCUCGAUAAGAGUUGCGGCGCAUAUAGAAGUGUCGUUGCGCCUUUACCGCCCUCUGUCACGGCGCGAAUUGGGAAAUCAAGCGCCAAUGGAUAUCAACGGGAGGGCGGCAUCAGCCAAGAAGCUCGGGAACCCGGAUCCUCCAUGCUUAUCUAUUCAAACUACAACUUUUUGGAUGUCAAGCUCGAAUUGCAAAUCCGAUCCUCGGACGGCACCUUGACGGAGAAGCCCAUGUCAGGCUCUUACUCGCCCCCUGGAUUGCGAUUCCCGAAUGGCGGCGUUAUUGACACAUAUUUUGUCGUAAGCGGCACAUAUCUUACCUCUUCAAAGCAGGAGUAUGCCUUGUGGGCUCUAGAUCUUAAGACUUUGACCUGGUCGCGCAUUGAUGCGGGCGGUGCAGUCUUUAGCCAAGGCAGCUGGAACCGUGGCGUGCUUUGGAACCGCAGAAACACAUUUGUGAUUCUUGGCAAUCGGAAACGGAGUCUCGUCGAUGACUAUAACCAUCGGCGUAUCAACUUUUCCAAUGUUUGCAUGGUCGAGCUCGAGGCGUUUGGAUUCUACGACAACCCGAGAAAGACAACGCCCAUGUCUGGCUUCGUAUCAGCCAGCAGUCCUUACACCAGCCCGGGCUUGAGUUUGGCUAGAAAAGCAGGCACUACGGCAGGUGGGCGUUUCCACUCCAGGGCGGCCGAGGAGCUUGGCGAAAAGGCACUGGCGAUGCGGGAGCUUUCCGACAUGGACAUCCUCUGCUUACACGGUGAGCGAAUACCCAUCAACUCGAGGAUGGUGGCACGACGAUGGGGCCCAUAUUUCGUGCAGCUGUUGCGGGAAGGGACGGCGACUCAAGACGGCAGUGAUGCCAUGACUCUGCGAUCUGGAGUCAACAAUCCCAUCAGAAACUCGGCUCUGACGAUCACCCCAUCCCGUAACACAGCCGAAAGUUCGACUUCCAUGGCUAGUACUGUCCUCUCAUCCGGGUCGUCGGCAAAGGCACCCAGUACAGCCCCGACAAGCGCCUCCGGCGCCUCUUUCUCUCUGCCAGGUUCCGCCGGCGGCGCCGACCCCGCGACAGUCAACUCGGCGCCGACACCAAGAUCUCUACCGCCCAACUCGCGGCCUCGGUGCUUGUAUCUUCCCCAUACCUAUCUCACCGUACAAGCCCUCCUGCACUUCCUCUACACGUCCUCACUGCCACCUCCGUCAUCGCCUUUGUGCACGCCUCCUAUCCUUUGCUCACUCCUCCAAAUUGCCCGCCCAUACCGAAUCGACGGGCUUCUCGAAGCGGUAGUCGAGCGUCUGCAUGCCCUCUUGGACUCGAGAAACGCAGCCGCCGUCUUCAACGCAACCGCCAUGGCCGCCGGCGGUGGCCGUGGCAUCGACGGUUCCCUGAACCCCAACUUCUUCGUGCCCUUGGACGCAAUGGGCUCUCCCAUGUUCCCUUCAGAGGAGUCCCAGAACGGCAGCGGCAGUACGGAUCUGCAUGGACUAUCUUCGCGCACCGCGGCGCUGCGCAUCAACACCGCCAUGGCCUCUGGCCGGCCCUCUAGCGACGAACUCAGCGCUACGACGAGCGUCAGCGGGUCUGAAUGGAGUUCAGAGAUCGGCGACUCGGAGCGGGGAGGUCUGCGCGAGGUCUGGGGAGGUGAGCUUAGCUCUGUGAUUGGCCUGCAGAAGCGAGGAUUGCGAGGCCUCAUGGAGGGUAGGAGAAUGCGCGAGCGUACCGGGACAAAUUCGGGCGGGAGCAUGAGCGGAGGUAUGGGAUCGUACGGUGGAGGUGGUGGUGGUGGUGGUGGACAAGGCCGGGUCGGUCUGGGUAUUGCUGGGCCAUGA